GUCUGCUGACAACAGAAACAUGGAAGAGGAUGCUAGAUAUCUGAAGAAGAAGAUAAAGACGGGUGCAAUUGAUGUUCACCCUACCCUGUCUGCCAUUGUUGUUCACUUCGAGGUUGAAGCUACAAUUUUGGGCGAGGCAGGAGAUGCAAUGCUGGGUGAAAACAAGCAAUCCCAGAAAACUAUCAUGAUAAAGAACUUAUCAGUUGGAACAGACCUGCGAAAAUUAAGUGAAGUUGUUGUUGAGAAAUGUAACUUGAUACAUCCAAGUAAAGUUCCUGAACUGGAGCAGCUUCUCUACUAUCUACAAACGAGAAAAGUGACCGUAAAUACUGAAAGUGUGGAGCAGGAAAUGGAAAGAAUCCGACAGGCAACAAGCCGAUUUGAUGACAUUGACGAAAUUCAGGAGAAGGCCGAUUUGAAUGAAUUGGAGUCAUAUGUCGAUUUACUGUAUGAUGACAUGAAAACUAAAACCAAGGGGACAUCACUUAUAUUGCAGUUAGCAAGGAACCCUGACAACCUCGCUGAACUUAUUGAAAAUGAAAUGGUGCUUGGUGCCCUAAGUCGUGUUUUAAGAGAAGACUGGAAGAAAUCAAUUGACCUUUGCACAAAUAUUGUGUACAUAUUCUUUUGCUUCUCCAGUUUUUCAGAGUUCCAUUCAAUUCUGCUACAGUACAAAAUUGGUUCAUCAUGCUUGCAGAUAAUUGAAAAUGAGCUAAAACGAUUUGAGUACUGGAAUGAUGAAUUGGCUAAGAAGAAAAAAACAGCCAUUGACGAGAAGAGUGAAGAAUCUCAAAAAGCAUUCCUCAAAAGUGAAAAGAAGUUUGAAGUAGUUAUACACAAGCAGGAGCAACUUUUACGAGUAUCUGUCUACCUGCUUCUUAAUAUUGCUGAAGAUACCCCAAUUGAAAUUAAGAUGACUCAAAAGAGUAUCAUAGUGUUUUUGAAUACCAUGCUUGAAAGGAAAAGCCUUGAGCUAUUGAUUUUGGUCGUGUCAUUCCUCAAAAGGCUCAGUAUCUACAAAGAAAAUAAAGAUGUAAUGAAAGAGAUGAAUGUUGUUUCAAAACUGAACAAAAUGAUUCCUCAUCAAAGUGAUAUUCUUGUCAGCCUUAUUUUGAGAUUAAUUUUGAAUCUCUCUUUUGACAAAGAUAUCAGGACACAAAUAAUAAAGUGUGGCAUGUUGCCCAAAUUAGUCAAUUUUGUUAAAGAAGAAACCCACAGAGUCUUUGCUCUUUGCAUCCUUUAUCAUGUCUCAGUGGAUGAUAAAUGUAAAGGACUAUUCAGCUACACUGAUAUCGUCCCAAUCAUCAUUCACAUACUUCAGGAAAAUGAGGAGGGACAGCUGGAUAUGGAAUUGAUGGCACUGUGCGUCAAUAUAACACAGAACCCCAAGAUUGCAGCUCACUUUGCACAAAAUCUGCGACUUCUGUUGCGACAAUCACUGAAAAACAGGGAUUCUCUUAUGCUCAAAAUGGUCCGGAACAUUCUGAGUCAUGAAGUUCAGGAGAAGAAAGUGGUGCUCAGCUCAAUAAACGAGAUCGUGUCUAUUGUUAAAGACUGUCCACACGAGGAGCAGAUAACAGUGGAACUACUAGGAGUGCUGGCGGAGUUGAACCUGCCUGAAAUAGACUUCAGACAGCUUGUUACCGAGUAUAAUCUGGUGCCCUGGAUAUCUCGCAAUCUCGCCCCAGCUAAUAAGGUGGCAGAUGAUGUGGUGCUGGAAAUAGUGAGGUUUGUAGGGAAUGUAGUGAGAGACGAGGACUGUGCCCAACUGUUUGCUAACGCUGGUCUACCUAACACUCUUAUUGAGCUCAUCACCGCCAAACAGGAAGACGAUGAGAUAGUCCUGCAAAUACUCUACGUGUUCUAUCAGAUGAUAUUCCACAAGUGCACUAGAGAGCUCCUCAUUAAACAGUCUCAGGCUCCGGCUUAUCUGAUAGAUCUGAUGCACGAUAAGAAUACAGAAGUACGCCGGAUGUGCGAUACAACUUUAGAUAUCAUCUCUGAGUACGACGAGGACUGGGCUACAAAGAUCCAGUACGAGAAGUUCAAAUGGCACAACUCCCAGUGGCUGGAGAUGGUUACCCAGGGUAACGACCCUGAGGUAGACUCGUACGAUGACGAUUACCUCCCUAGAGAGAUGAUGUUAUCAGGAGACAGUACAGCGGAUCUGCUUUACCAGCACGAACAGGACGGGUACCGUGACCAGCCUUACGCAGACUACCCUUACGAUGGUGACCACAGAGACUACGGUGGUUACCCUGGUGAGGAUGGGUAUCACCCGGGUGAUCACAUUCAUCACCCUGGGUUACACACACGUGUCGAGGCCGGGGAGUACGCAGCUCAGUACCAGGAUCAGGAGGAGGACUACGAUUACUAUCAACAGCAUUACAACCAGGGAGGUAAUAGAAUGAUAAGUCCUGACGAAGAAGCUGUGUACGGAGCCCAGCAUUCCAAGCAAGGCGCUCCCCCAAUAGCACAAGAACCCCGGAAUGCAGGCUACAUGACAAACCUUGACAGCUUUAGCAGAACUCUUGAGAACUGGCAUCUGAGGUCUUGAUCUUGUUUUGUUUAUUAUAAAGCGCAGAAGUAUUUGAUAUAUUUAUAUAAAGCUGGAAUUUGUUUGACAAAGUUUUAUUCAGAAGAAGUGUGUUAUAGUUGAUAUAAUAUGAGAAGUGCGUACUGGAAUGCUGUGCUGGUCACAGAUUGUACUCUAUUAGUUUGUUUCCUGUUAAAUAUUUCAGCGGAGUAAAGUUUGAAUCAUACCUGCCCCAGUACAUGGUUUUGCCAUGCUGUUUUGGCGACAAGUUAUCAGAAUUUUUACUCAGAUGAUUACGGUGUAUAUUGUAUUCAGGGUAUGUUAUUAAUGAACUUUACAGUGUACGAAAUAUGUAUAAAAUUUCAAGUUUAUUAUUUC